AUGCCCAACCUUGGCCUCCAAACCCUUCUUUGCAAAGCCAUCCAUAUGGCGCAGGAGGCUGUUCAACAACACGAAGGAGCGGUGAAGUCAGAAGAUACACCCAGCUUCCAAUUGCAAGUCCCCGUAACCGUUGUUAACUCGGGCUGUGCACUUCAAUCCAUUCCCGGAGGAGAUAUCGAAACCACCCUUCGAGGACUCAUAUGGCCCGGCAGCCCAGAAAUCCAACACGUCCGAACAUUCCAAGCGCAAGAUGUUUUUACGACAAAAGAAACCCUUUGUCAAGGACUCAGCGCGGGCUCCUACUCCCUCUUAAUGUGCAACGUCGGCUUGCAUCUUAGCCUUUGCACCGGGGUGGCUCAAAUGACUACUGUCGGAAACCUCAUAAGAGAAUACUUGUCGUACCCAACAGUGAGGCAGAGACAUCAUAUCGGACCCGUCCUCCAAACUCACCUUCAGGAAAUUCUUUCCGCGCAGCCAGACGAGAUCGACGCGAUUCUGCAAACCAUUGGGGAUCCAAUCAGACGGCAAAUACCCAUCAUUAUAUCCAUCUUAGCUCGAGAUCUCCUCCAUACUGGGCUCUCAGUGAAACAGCACAGGUUCCUCUUCGCCUGCCCAGAAAUUACGGGUACAUCGAACAUCGUUGCUCUCCCACUCGAAGGAAGUCUGUGUCUCUCAUCCGUAGGAGAGAUAUUUGCCAUAAUUACAACGCGGUGUCUCGAGCGCGCACCUUAUAGAUGCAACAAUGUCCUAAAGAGCGAGACAGCCACCAACGACGAAACGAGAAUGGCGAGGAGCUCGGUGCCUAUCCACCAUCUCCCACCAGUACGAGCUGCUUUGGAACCGAGAGCACCUAGAACCUCAUUCGAGUUACGCUGUAAGGCGGUUGAAAUCCGAAUAAUUUAUUUUCAUUCCAACCGUCUCGAAUCAGGUCAUCUCCUACACCACCCAUCACCCACGACAUUGCUCGAUCCGAGAUUCGCCUUCAACCGAGUUAGCGCCUGGUUGUCUCCUUGGUCCCGCUACCAGACCCUUCCGAAUGGACAAAUGUUUUCACCACCCGAAGGAUAUAGCGAGGGUAACAUAGAUAUUCUUAAGAUAUUUGUUAGCUAG